AUGCAGAGCAGAGCGCCAUGGGGCGGCCGCAGGAGGCGCAGGGAUGGGACCGGCGGCGCGCAGAGAAGGGGGCGGCGACGCGCGGGGCAGGACGCCGGCGGCUCGCGUGGGAGGUGGUCGCCGACGGCGCAGGGAUGGGGCCGGCGCCUCGCGGAGAAGGGGGCGCCGAUGCGCGGGGCAGGUAUUAAAGAGGAGAAAUCGGUCAAGGAAGAGAUUGGGUUCGCCGAGGAGGGAAGUGCCAUGGAUGGGAUGGAAGGUUUAGAAAGUACCAAUCAAGUGGAUGUGGAGGUGGAAAGUGUUGAUAAAAAAGAAGACGAGGUGGUAAAUUUGGAAGUUGAGACAUACAUGUUCUCUCUGAAUGAUAAGGUCAUUCAUGGUACUAGAGGAGAGACAAGGAGUGAUAGAAAUGUUCAAAAAUUUGAACAAAAUGAUGGACACUCGCAUGUGGAUGGUGGAAAUGGUGACAUAUUGGAGAAAAAAGGUGAUACAAAUCAUGACAACACAAAUAAUAGUGGUGAAUAUCAUCUUCUAUUUGGACUGACUACGGAGGAUAUGGAGGAAAAUGCAUUUUCUAAUAUCUCAAGCAGUUCAUUCUUGUUUGAUCCAUUGAUAGAAAUAGAAAGUGAUGUGGAACAACUAACUCAUGCACUCAUGAAUGAGGGUUUAUACAUUGAAGAUGAGAAAUUAGUCAAGGAAGUGACUGGGUUGGGUGACGCCAUAUGUACCGUUCAUCAGAUGGAGGGUCUAAAUAUUACUAAAAAAGUGGAUGUGGAGGUGACAAGGGUUGAUAAAAACAAUGAUGAGGGAGUGAGUUUUGAAGACAUGACACAUGUGGUGUCUCAGAAUAAUACAGUUACUAAUGAGACUAGGGGAGACAAAGGGAGUAAUAUAGAUGUCGCAAAACUGGACAACAAGGAUGAUAAAACUAAGGUGGAUGAUGAAAAUGGUGCCUCGUUAGAGGAAAAAAGUGAUAAAUAUCAUGAUACUGAUGAUAUCAUUGGUGAAAAUCAUCUUCUCUUUGAACCAAUUAAGGAAGAUUGGGAAAGUUUAGUGUUCAAUAUGUCAAAUAGUUCAUUCAUGUUUGACCCUUUGCUACACAUAGAAAGUGAGGUGGAACCAACUGAUGAUGUACCCAUGAAUGAGGGUGUAGACAUUGCAGAGGAGAAACCGAUUAUGGUGGAAACUGGGUUGGGUAAGACCAUAUUUACUAUUAAUCAGAUUGAGGGUUUAAGAAAUACCAAACAAGUGGAUGUGGCUGUGGAAAGGGUAGAGGAAAAUAAUGAUGAGUUACUGAAUUUUGAAGUUAAGGCACAUCUGGUCUCUCUAAAUGAUAAUUUUAUUGGUGAGGAAAGAGGAGACAAAGGAAGUGAUAUAACUGUUAGAAAAAUAGAAAAUAAGGAUGGGAUCUCGAAGGUGGAUGGUGAAAAUGGCGUGUUGUUAGACUAUAAAACUUGUAAGUAUCAUGAUAUCAAUGGUGAAAAUCAUCUUAUAUCUGCACCAAAAAAGGAAGAUAGGGAGGAAAGUUCAGUGUUCAGUAUCUCCAGCAAUCCAUUAGUGUUUGACUAUACCCAGAGUAGUGACGAGUCGGGUACUGAGGAGGAGCAGGAUGCUUUCUUGAAGGAUCUUGAACAAUUUCACAAGAAUAAUUUUAUGGAAUUCAAGCCACCAAAGUUUUAUGGUGAAGGGCUGAAUUACCUGAAGUUGUGGAGACAGGUGACAAGGUUGGGUGGUUAUGAGCAGGUAACAUCACGCAAAAUGUGGCGACAAGUGGGAGAGUCAUUUAAUCCUCCAAGGACAUGCACAACCAUUUCUUGGUCCUUUCGUCACUUCUAUGAAAAGAUACUCCUUGAAUAUGAGAAGCAUAAAACUAGCAAUGGAAAGUUCAAGGGCAGUGCAUCUACCAUAGUAGAGAAAAAUGCUUGUGAAAAUAAGGCGGAUGGGAGCAAUGUGGGUGGAAGAGUUCGAAGAGAAUCUGCAACCCGUGCUAUGCAAAGUUGGCACUCUAAGAGACUGCCAAGAAAUGGUAAAUUUGCAAGAAAUAUUGUUAAAAGCAUUGCAACAAUCUCAUCAUUUCUGUUAUCUAGGAAAAGAAUACCAACAAUUGAAGAUGGCAAUGACAUACAACACAUACCCAAUAAGCGACAAAAUAACUCAACGGUUAUUAAUGUGGGACCUCCAGCUGAUUGGGUUAAAAUAAAUGUCCUGAGAACCAAAGAUUCCUAUGAAGUAUAUGCAUUAAUUCCUGGUCUUGUAUGUGAAGAGCUUCGUGUUCAGUCAGAUCCUGCAGGUCGUCUGAUAAUUAAAGGAGAACCUGCACAAGUAAACAACCCUUGGGGUAUUACUGAAUUCAAGAAGGUAAUUGUACUACCUUCCCGCAUUGAUCCUAACCAAACCUCUGCAUCUCUCAACCUUCACGGACGGUUAUAUAUUUCUGCUGCACCUGAGGAGCCGAGAUCUGAGUUGAGGCUAGGCGUUGGCCAUGCCCUUAAAGAGUUCGACUCUGAUACAAUGGAGAGGGGAUCUUUCGCCAGGCAGAGGACGGAGCAUCCUGGCUCGAGCCUGCUCGAGCGCACUGGUCGUCGAGGCAACAGCGCGAGGAGAGGACCAGACGUCCACGGUCCACGCGAUUCAUCGUGUCGCGAUUCCCCAAUCCCCACGCCCAGACCGCCGCCGCCCGCCGCUCAGGCCCCGGCGCCUCCGCUGCCCGCCGGCGCCGCCGUUGCGGCGCUGCCCAUCCCGGCGCUCGCCCGCCUAGGCCCAGCCCCGCCGCCGCACUGCGUAGUCCGCAGAGACCGCCAUGCGCCGGCCGUCGGUCGCCGGCCGCCGCUCGGAACGUCGAGCGCCGCUCCCGCCCCUGAUCUUCCCAAGCCCCUGCUAUUUGCCAUUUUGCCUAUUUCUCUGUAUGCAUUGACUGUCUGUAACUCUAAAUGA